GUGCAUGCUGCUCCGGGUGAACUUCCAGCAAGCCGCGGCAGUUCUACGAGGUUAUCAUCAGCGUCGUCUAGCCACGUCAAAUCAUCUAAAGCUAAAUCAAAAAGAACACCACUACCUGGCUCUACUAGAGGUACCCCAUCUCCCUCACCAUCUCUUCAUGCGCCUCCCCAGUCUCAGCCUUUCCCCUUGCCAUCGUACGACCGCAUCCCUCCCUUGGACCUGAGCAUUGAUCUUUCCUUGAAGGGGAAAUUUCCAUCAAGGACAGAGUUAGAAUCCUCUUCCGAGCCUGACUUAUCUUCCGUGUCUGAGAUGCUCGCAAAGACAUGUCCACCAGCAUCACAGCCUUCCAAGUCCACCAUUCCGAAAGGUCGAGUGCAAGGUUCUGCUCCCGCUGUCCGUUCACAGGGUGAUAUCUCUUUGAACCUCUCUAAUUCACUGACGGUAAUCCAUGGUCUCCCAUCUUCCCCCUCACUGCCAACGCCACAGCCCAAACGGCCACAUCCUGCAGCUCACAAACGUUGUGCUCUAAUAGAGCCCUCAAGCUCUUCGACUCCAUUACAUCUUGCUACUUCUAACGAUGACGAUGGGGAAAGGAACGAGAACAAUCGCAAGGGGAAGAGAAAGGCUUCGAUUGAAUCAGUUCCCAGUUGUAAAGAGGACAUUUCAACGGAGAACCUCCGCCCCACAAAGCAUCGAAGGUUGGUAGGGGCUGCACCUGUAGUUCAUAAACACGAACAAUUCUGGAUCCUUGAUGGGAACACGGUCCUCGAGGUUGGAGGCGUGCUCUUCAAACUCCACCGUUCUAGGCUCGUUGAUCAGUCGACGUUUUUUGCUGGCCUCUUGGAUGAGCUUGAUGUGCAGGUGGACGACAGUGUCGUGGUCGAAAGCGAUGAAAACGGGACGGUGUACCACCUGUCAAACACCACAUCAAAAGAUCUUGAGGCACUGCUACAGCUCGAUAGGAACCAAAUGACAUAUUAUUUUACUCCACCUCCAUUCCCAGUCUUGGCUGCUAUCAUUCGUGCAGCGACUGCGUUAGGUUUCGGCACACAUCGAGCUUUCGCCGUGAGACUCUUAGAGAACGCUUGGUCCUCGUCUCUGGCGGAUCUCUCCACAGACGAGAAACCUAACGCAAUGGAAGUUGUAGUCCUCGCACGGACUUGCGGUAUUGAACGCGUGUUGAAGAGGGCCUUCUAUGAAAUGGUUCGGGUUCGGGUGGUGGACUAUGGUCUCAGCGAUAGCGAGUUGGUCGCUGACAAUGGAGAAGGGUCCCAGGAAAUCGGUCGCACAGACGAAAGGCGUCUGGAACGCAUGAGAGAGCAUCUCCUCUUGAUGUGGUCCCAGGUUGCAAAUCGAGUGGACAGUUCCUCCACAUGUCCAAACCAACCAAAGGAGACAUCCGGGAGUGUCCUUGGGUUCCCUGCAAGUACUGGGCCGAGUUCGUCUACUUCGCUGGCGCAUUCCUCCAAAUGUCCAUCCCUAUCUUCAAAGCGAGAUGCUUGGGAGAGGCGCGUGCAUGAUUCUGGGCUCUACGACGAGUAUCAGUUUGAUCCUUUGUGCGGACUUCAAGCCUUGAUUGACAUCAAAUGGGAUGUGGACGAGGGCUGGUGCUCAGACUGUGUGCGGGCAAGACGAGACGCCUGGACACGACUGCGUCAAAUAACUUGGGAGCAUAUAGGGGUCUUGAUAGGUCUUGAAGCUUGACAAUUGACCGACGACUGUGGCAAUUAGACCCAAUGAUACCUGGGUACGUAAGUUUUGUACAACAACACAUUUUGAGAUUCUUGUUCACACUGCGUAAUGAAGAAAGUGAAAG